UCCGGCUCCUCUGCGCGCCAGGUUUAGUAGAAACGCGCUGUGCACGUGGAAAGGCGUGUGGACGCGGGGAUUUCGCCCACCGCACGAGCAUGUUUGAGGAGCCCGAGUGGGCCGAGGAGGCCCCAGUAGCCACGGACCUCCGGCCUGUAGCCUCACGGCCUCCGCCUGCCUCAGCCUCGCAAAUCAAGGGCUCUAAGCACCGUCAGCUCUUGGCUACUUUACGGGCCCUGGAGGCAGCAUCUCUUCCCCAGCAAUCCCCCGGCCUGCCUGACAGUGACUCUGAGGAGGAUGUGGUGGAAAGGAAGAAAAAACGCCUGAAAAAGUCCUCAUCUGCUAGUGCUUCUAUUGACGUAGAGAAGAAGAGGAAGAAGAAAUGUCAAAAACAGGGUCCACAUGGCAGUGACCAUGAAGAAAAGGAAGUAAAAAGGAAGAAAAAGUGCCUCAGAGGGAUUCUCAAUGCCAGUGACCCUGCUGAAGAACAGAAGAGAAAGAGGAAGUGCCAGAAACAGGCCCCCUCAAACCCCGCCCAGCAUCUAGACAAGGAUAACAAAACAGGUUCCAAAGCUUGGAAGAGUACUGCUACAAAUAAUCAAUCCAAGCUGAGUCCUGGCUCUACUUCUGCCAACCCCCCCCAGACCUUGAGUCGCAAGCAGUGGCGGAACCGGCAGAAGAACAAACGUAGACAUAAGAACAAGUUUCGGCCACCUGACCAGGCUCCAGCCGCAGCGCCCACAGAGGAGACAGAGAUGCCUCCUGCCCCCAGCCCAGAUAAUCAUGAGGAUCGGGCAGGGGCUCUGCGAGCCCGCAUGGCACAGCGGCUGGACGGUGCCCGAUUUCGCUACCUCAAUGAACAGCUAUACUCAGGGCCUAGCAGUGCUGCACAGCGUCUCUUCCAGGAAGACCCUGAGGCCUUUCUCCUCUAUCACCGUGGCUUCCAGAGCCAAGUCAAGAAGUGGCCACUGCAGCCAGUGGACCGCAUCGCCAAGGAUCUUCGCCUGCGGCCCGCGUCCCUGGUGGUAGCUGACUUCGGCUGCGGGGACUGCCGCCUGGCCUCAAGUAUCCGGAACCCUGUGCACUGCUUUGACUUGGCCUCUCUGGACCCCAGGGUCACUGUGUGUGACAUGGCCCAGGUGCCUCUGGAGGAUGAAUCUGUGGAUGUGGCUGUGUUCUGCCUUUCCCUGAUGGGAACCAACAUCAGGGACUUCCUAGAGGAGGCAAAUCGAGUGCUGAAACAAGGGGGUCUCUUGAAAGUGGCUGAAGUCAGUAGCCGGUUUGAAGAUGUUCGGACCUUUCUGGGGGCUGUGACCAAACUGGGCUUCAAGGUCAUCUCCAAGGAUCUUACCAACAGCCACUUCUUCUUGUUUGACUUUGAAAAGACUGGGCCUCCUCGGGUAGGGCCCAAGGCUCAGCUCACAGGCCUGAAGCUUCAGCCAUGUCUCUACAAGCGCAGGUGACCUCUGGGCCCGCCUUGAAAGAGGAGGCAAGUCUUGAACUCCAGGCUCAUAACUCUGAAGACUAUAUCCAGCAAGUCACCGACCCAGGGACUGGUAUAUCGCUUUUGCUGUCCUAAGACUAAUGUUUGAUUAAACCCCCUGGUUCAGCCCCGCUCUAAUGAAGGCUUCUUGGUUGUGAGAAGCAUAAAAUCACUUGGGCUGGCUAAAGAGUAGGGAGUUUACUGUGAAAAUACAAGGGUAUCUGGGAAUUAGGGUUCCUCCAAAUGGGGGAACUAGCUGGUUUGAAAUUCAUGGCAUCGCUGGGUUUGCUCCUCUUUCCAUCUCUCAGGAGCCACGUGGACUUUCUGCCCUGGCAUCUCUACUUGCUUCUCAUCUCCAUCUGCUGAGAAAAUCUAUAGCCAGGGCUGGGUGUGUAAGAGGUGCUCAAUAAACCAUAGCUAUGGCUAUGAUGUGUUGUAAGCCUU